AUGGCGGAUGCUAUAGCUGUAAUUGGUCCUGGGUAUAAAAUCCCAACUUACCAUAAUUUGCAUGUGAAUUUAUUGAAAGAUGCUAAGAAAGAAGUGCAAUCACUUGUUGAUAGUUACAAGAAAACUUGGGAGGAUGUUGGAUGUACUUUAAUGGCUAAUGGUUGGACAUAUCAUUCACAUAGUUUGCUGAUUAAUUUUCUAGUGUACUGUCCUAAAAGAGUAUGUUUUGUGAAAUCAGUGGAUGCUUCAGAUGUUGUAAAGGAUGCUGCAACAUUGUUUGGCUUGUUUGAGGAAAUAGCUUUAUGGGUUGGACCAAACAAUAUUGUCCAUCUUGUCACUGAAAAUGGAGCAAACUAUAAAGCUGCUGGAAGAAUGUUGUCUGAAAAAUAUAGCAGUAUUACUUGGUCUCCUUGUGCAGCACAUUGCAUUAAUUUGAUGUUGAAAGACAUAGCUGAGAUGAGUCAUAUAGUCAACCUUUCGACCCGUGCAUCUGAGGUUGCAAAGUUUGUGUAUAAUCAUUCCUUUGUGUUGGCUUUGUUGAGGAAAAAACAGGUUCUAUACCUUUACUUCAUAUUUUCCAAAGUUAUGAGUCCAUUGAUGCGUAUGCUCCGGAUUGUAGACUCAGAUGAGAGGCCUUCAAUAGGAUAUGUGUAUGAUGGCAUGUACAGAACGAGGAUGGGAAUCAAGAAGCUAUUUAAGAACAAGAAAAAUUUGUACAAGCCUUAUAUAACAAUUAUCAAGAUGCGUUGGGAUAGGAUGUUGCGCCGUGAUCUUCAUGCAGCAGCAUAUUAUUUGAAUCCUGCUUUUAAAUAUGACGAGGACACUUUUUUCAAAAAACCUGAGGUCAUGUAUGGUUUUCUUGACACUAUUGACAAUAAAGCAAGUGCAUUCAAAAUGAGCAAGACAACGUUACUAGAAGAGAGUAGAUUAUAUCGAGAUCGUCUAGAAAGCUUUUCUCGUGAGCUUGCUUUUCAAACUUGCAAAACUACACGGCCAGGAGCUAUUCAUGUAGAUGGUGGUGAAUCUGGUGAUCACCCUUCUUAUUAUGACUCAAUAGAUGCUUCAGAAGAAUUUUUUGUAGAUGAUGUCGCCGAUGUUAAUAAUGAUGACGAUCAUCCAUCAGGUGGUGUGUGA